GACCGGGAGCGGGCUCACCGGGCGCCCCCAUUCCAGCCCAGCGGCUGAAGGGCUCCGUCGGGCCUUCUCCCUGAGCGCGGUGGCAGCAAAUCUGCUUGUCCUGGGAUUAGCGUAGGCAGAUGGUCAGGGCCCUACAAGCUCCGACAUGUGCUAGGUGGUGCUAGGGGACUAGGGGACGGAUGGACAGACCCUCUACCCGGCGCCCAAGUGCAGGAACCGGCAGGAAAGCCGUUCGUUCAGCCCGGUGGGCUCUGAUUCAUUCAGAAAGUGCUCCUCCACCCGCACGAGCUCUGCUGCCUUCCUCCUAUCUCUUUGGACCCUAAUGUCGCUCUAGACGCUGCCGCCAUGCCCGCCUCAGUGCUGUGGGCGGUGGACCUCUUCGGGAGAGUCUACACCCUGUCCACGGCUGGCCAGUGCUGGGAGCUGUGCAAGGAUGUCCAGAUGGAGUUCAAGCGGGUCAGUGCGACCACUCAGUGCUGCUGGGGCAUCGCGUGCGACAACCAGGUGUAUUUGUACAUGUGUGCCAGCGAAGUCCCCAUCCGCUGCAGAGAGGAGGCCUAUGAGAAUCAGCGCUGGAACCCCAUGGGAGGCUUCUGUGAGAAGCUGCUGCCGAGUGAUCGCUGGCCGUGGAGUGACGUGAGUGGGCUCCAGCAUCGGCCACUGGAUGGGGUGGCGCUGCCCUCGCCACACUGGGAGUGGGAGUCAGACUGGUACGUGGAUGAGAAUUUUGGAGGGGAACCCACCGAGAAAGGGGGGUGGACAUAUGCCAUUGACUUUCCUGCCAGCUACACCAGAGGCAGGAAAUGGAACUCGUGUGUCCGGCGGCGGAAGUGGAUCCGGUAUAGGAGAUACAAGGCCCGGGACACCUGGGCCAAGAUCCCCUCGAAGGAUGACCCCAAGGAACUGCCUGACCCCUUCAAUGACCUGUCUGUGGGGGGGUGGGAAAUCACAGAGGAGCCCGUGGGCCGGCUGUCAGUGUGGGCCGUGUCCCUUCAGGGAAAGGUCUGGUACAGAGAGGGUGUCAGCCACCCCAACCCGGAAGGCUCCUCGUGGUCUUUUGUGGACACCCCUGGGGAGGCAGUCCAGAUCAGCUGUGGGCCACAUGACCUCUUGUGGGUCACCCUCUGGGAGGGCCAAGCUCUGGUCCGGGAAGGAAUCAACAGGAACAACCCCAAAGGAAGUUCCUGGUCCAUAGUGGAGCCUCCUGGGUCGGAAAAUGGAAUCAUGCAUGUCUCCGUGGGAGUCAGCGUGGUCUGGGCCAUCACGAAGGACCACAAAGUCUGGUUCCGGAGAGGCGUCAACUCUCACAACCCCUGUGGCACCAGCUGGAUUGAGAUGGUUGGAGAAAUGAUGAUGGUGAAUGUGGGGCUGAAUGAUCAGGUCUGGGGCGUCGGCUGUGAGGACAGAGCCGUGUACUUCCGGCAGGGCGUCACCCCCAGCGAGCUCAGCGGGAAGACAUGGAAGGCCAUCGUUGCGGGCCGAGAGAAUGACCGGUCGCACUCUGGCAGCUCAAUGAGCCUCCUCAGUGCUGGCUGCUUCUUUGGUGACGAAGUGAGGGUCAGCGGUACCGAGUCUGCACCCAACGACACCGAUGGCUCCUCCGAAGUCGAGAGACGCGGGUCUGAGCAGCCUCUCCCCGAAGAGUCUUUAGACAGUUCCAGGAGCCCCAAAGGGAGCUUGGCCCCCGGCCCUGGAAGGACCCCUGAAUGUGCUGUGGAUACUGCCUGCUCGGCAGAGGACAAAGGGAAGGCUGUGGAGGCCCCUAGCCCUGAAGAACACUCUGGCCCCGCCGCAACGCCAGCCGAGCUGCCCUGGACCAAUAUUGACCUGAAGGAACCCAAGAAGGUGACCAGCCACCCGGCCUCCAGCUUCCCCGAGACCACGGGCCUCUCCUCCCUGGGGCUCUUCCCACUGGGCAUGGAGGAGCCCUACGGAGCGGACGACCACCUGCUGUGGGCCUGGGUGUCCGGAGCAGGGUGUGCGGUGGAGGCGGGCUCUGCGCUCAAGUGGUUCACCGUCCACUCUGGUCUGUCCCCCUCUGUGCAGACACUGUCCCUGUCCAUCACGCCGGCCCAGACCGCCGCCUGGAGGAAACAGAUCUUCCAGCAGCUCACAGAAAGGACCAAACGGGAGCUGGAGAACUUCAGGCACUACGAGCAGGCUGUUGAGCAGUCGGUGUGGGUGAAGACGGGAGCAGUGCAGUGGUGGUGCGACUGGAAGCCCCACAAGUGGGUGGACGUCCGCGUGGCCCUGGAGCAGUUCACGGGGCACGACGGGGCCCGUGACAGCAUCCUCUUCAUCUACUACUUGGUCCACGAGGAGAAGAAGUACCUGCACGUGUUCCUGAAUGAGGUGACGGUGCUGGUCCCCAUACUCAACGAGGCCAAGCACUCCUUUGCCCUGUACACCCCCGAGAGGACGCGGCAGAGGUGGCCUGUGCGCCUGGCUGCCGCCACAGAGCAGGACAUGAAUGACUGGCUUGCCUUGCUCAGCCUGUCCUGCUGUGAGAGCCGGAAGAUCCAUGGCCGCCCGUCUCCACAGGCCAUCUGGUCCAUCACCUGCAAGGGAGACAUCUUCGUGAGUGAGCCCUGCCCGGACCUGGAGGGCCACGAGCACCUGCUGCCCUGCGACCAGAUGUUCUGGCGGCAGAUGGGAGGCCACCUGAGGAUGGUUGAAGCCAAUAGCCGUGGCGUGGUGUGGGGCAUCGGCUACGACCACACGGCCUGGGUGUACACGGGCGGCUACGGUGGAGGCUGCUUCCAAGGCUUGGCCAGCAGCACCAGCAACAUCUACCCGCAGUCCGAUGUGAAGAGCGUCUACAUCUAUGAGAACCAGCGCUGGAACCCCGUCACGGGGUACAGCAGCAGGGGUCUGCCCACCGACCGGUACAUGUGGAGCGAUGUCACAGGACUGCAGGAAUGCACCAAGGCUGGCACGAAACCCCCAUCCCUGCAGUGGACCUGGGUUUCUGACUGGUUUGUGGACUUCAGCGUCCCGGGAGGCACCGACCCGGAGGGGUGGCAGUACGCCAGUGACUUCCCCGCCUCGUACCAUGGGUACAAAAUGAUGAAGGAUUUUGUCAGGAGAAGGUGCUGGGCCAGAAAAUGCAAGCUGGUGACCAGCGGGCCCUGGCUCGAGGUGGCCCCUAUUGCCCUCGGGGACGUGUCCAUUAUCCCAGAGAGCCCUGAUAACAGCGAGCGAGAACAUAACAUUGCACUCUGGGCUGUUAGUGACAAGGGGGACAUCUUGUGCCGUCUGGGCGUAUCUGAGCUCAAUCCUGCGGGCUCCUCCUGGCUGCAUAUUGGCACUGACCAGCCUUUCGCCUCUGUCUCCAUUGGAGCCUGCUACCAGGUGUGGGCUGUCGCCAGGGAUGGCUCUGCAUUCUACCGGGGCUCUGUUUCUCCCUCGCAGCCAGCUGGUGAUUGCUGGUACCACAUACCAUCUCCUCCCAAACAGAGGCUGACACAGGUGUCUGUCGGCCAGACGUCCGUGUACGCCUUGGAUGAAAACGGGAACCUGUGGUACCGAGCAGGCAUCACACCCAGCUACCCGCAGGGCUCCAGCUGGGAGCACGUGUCCAACAACGUGCGCAAAGUGUCUGUGGGGCCCCUGGACCAGGUCUGGGUGAUUGCCAACAAAGUCCAGGGAAGCCACAGCCUGAGCCGGGGGACCGUGUGUCGCCGCACAGGUGUGCAACCCCGAGAGCCCAAGGGGCAAGGCUGGGACUAUGGCAUCGGGGGAGGCUGGGACCACAUCUCUGUCCGGGCCAAUGCCACUGUGGGUACCCACAGCAUGUCCCAGGAGCAGGAAACCCACGGUCCCGUCUGCUGCUGAGGCUCACCCGGAGACAGGGACCCACACACACUUGGAGGAUCAGGGCUGAGCGGAAGUGUGCGCCGGGGAGGUGUCAGCCAGGCCCACGCAGGAGGGUGACCAGCCGAAGCUAUGGCCACUUGAGAUCUCUGGCCGAGUUGCCCAGAAAUGUGAAACUCUGGACGUCCCCACAUGCGUCCGCAGUCUUUAAGGGCUGCCAUGGGAAGGAAGAGUGGGGUACAUUGACCACUGUUGGGGUCCCUAUCCCAUCCCACAUCACUUCAUGCUCUGCUUACCUUUCCAGGCCUGGAACCCAGAACCCUCCAGGAGCUCUGGAGAAGCAGAGCCAGGGAGGACCCCUCCUGAGCCCAGUGUCCUUCCUAAGUCACCACUCAGAGUCGCUCAGGGCUACUGGCCCUGGGCUGUGAUCACCCCUCAGAGCGGGACUUACACGUGGGGUUUGUUUCACGAGUUCGGCAAAGAAGCCGGGUGUGGUGCUGCAUGUGUCUCUGACACCAGCACUCAAAAAGCAGAGGCAGGAGGAUGCCUGCCUCAAAACAGUGGGUGGAGUAGUGUGAUCCCAGAACUUGGAAAGUAGGGACAGGGGAGGAUCAGAAGUUCAAGGUUAUCUUCAGCUGUACCGCAAGUUUGAGGCCUGCAUAAGCUACAUGAGACCCAGUCUCCAAAACCAACAGCUUCCUGGGGUGGCCUAGAAGGUGGUGUCCAUGUGGAGAAUCGCCACUGAGACCCUAAAUCAGCUCCUUCUCUAGAUAGGGCCAGGCGUAGAGACCCGCAGACCUGCAGUGUGUGAGGAAAUACAUGCCCACUGGGAAGGGUGUGGACAGAGCCCCAGGCUGUCCCAUGCCCCAGGGCAGGGCAGGUGGCACUUUCCCCAAGGGAAGAGCCCAGGAGGAGGAAGCACUUGGCCAGUGACCUGACUGUGGCUCCUGCUGCCCAGGAGGUGCCAGCAGCCAGCCCCCAUCUGUUCCUCUACAAACUGGUUUUCCCGGGGUUCCUCCGUGUCGCGAGGUCAGGAGGGGUUCUGCUUGUCACCCAAAGCUGCUCUGAGAACAGGAUCCUCCACCUCCCUUGGCCAUGGAGUUCUCAGUGUUCCCAUAGGAGUGGGGCUAGGUGUGCCCAAGUGCACAGAGGGAUCCUGUGGCCCGUGUCAGGCUUCUGAGUGGCAUCCAGGUUUGUCCCCCGCACAACUGUGACCCGUGUGUUCUGCUGCGACUGUCUGCAGGUAGCUCUUGGCAAAGCAGCGUGAGGGUGCCGCCGCCCUCUCGCCAGGGAGACGCGCCUUCUGGCAGCUGAGUGCCUGCUUGCCUGCGGGGCAGCACUGAUGUCUCUCUGUUCCUCAGACGCGUUCGUCAAUAAAAACCGUACACCAGUGCAA